GAGGAGGAGGAGGAGUGGGGACGCUCGCAGCGGCUGCGAAGGAGAAACGCCCUAGCAAGCCGAAAGGGAACGCGGAAGGGAGCGAGAGCCGCGGCCGGAGCCCAUCAGGGCCGCGCUGAAGAGCGGGCGAGCGAGCGAAGAGGGGCCGCCAGAGAAGCGACCCAGCCAGGCAGCCACUCCGCCAGCCGGCCCGGGGUCUCCUGCCAAUUUUGCGCCUCGACGUCCAAGAGGGUAGCCCAGGCUUCCUCCCCCAUCCCCCGUCCCCUCCACCGAGGUCCCUCUUCCCCUUGCCCGGCUCCCAGGCUCUCUCCGCGAACCUUUCACCAUGAAGGCGGCGGGCGACCCGAAGCCCACCUUGACCAUCAUCAAAGCCGAGAAGGUGAGGUGGAUCUCUUCCCAUCCCCCGAUAUGGAAUGUGCAGAUGUGCCUUUGUUAACUCCAAGCAGCAAAGAAAUGAUGUCUCAGGCAUUAAAAGCCACAUUCAGUGGUUUCACAAAAGAGCAGCAACGACUGGGAAUACCCAAAGAUCCUCACCAAUGGACAGAAACUCAUGUACGGGACUGGAUUAUGUGGGCCAUGAAUGAAUUUAGUCUGAAGGACGUAGACUUCCAGAAGUUCUCCAUGAAUGGAGCUGCCCUGUGUGCUCUAGGGAAAGACUGCUUCCUUGAAUUAGCACCAGACUUUGUAGGAGACAUUCUUUGGGAACAUCUGGAGAUGUUGCAGAAAGAAGAGAUCAAGCCAUAUCCAGCAAAUGGAAUAAAUGCUGCCUAUCCAGAAUCUCGCUACACAUCCGACUACUUCAUUAGUUAUGGCAUUGAGCAUGCUCAGUGUGUGCCUCCAUCAGAGUUUUCUGAGCCCAGCUUCAUCACAGAGUCCUACCAGACUCUCCAUCCAAUCAGCUCUGAGGAGCUCCUAUCUCUCAAAUAUGAGAAUGAAUACCCACCGGUCAUUCUUCGCGACCCAAUGCAGAUGGACUCCCUGCAGACAGACUACUUCACAAUCAAACAGGAAGUCGUAACACCGGAUAACAUGUGCAUGGGGCGUGCCAGCCGAGGUAAACUUGGGGGCCAAGAUUCUUUUGAGAGUAUAGAGAGUUAUGACAGUUGUGACCGCCUGGCGCAGUCCUGGAGCAGCCAGUCGUCCUUCCAGAGUCUCCAGCGCGUCCCUUCCUAUGAUAGCUUUGAUUCGGAGGACUAUCCUGUCCCUCUGCCCAACCACAAGCCCAAAGGCACUUUCAAGGACUAUGUUCGAGACCGAAGUGACAUGAACAAGGACAAACCUGUCAUUCCUGCUGCUGCCCUGGCCGGUUACACAGGUAGUGGACCUAUUCAGUUAUGGCAAUUCUUGCUGGAACUUCUGACAGACAAGUCCUGCCAGUCAUUCAUUAGCUGGACAGGUGAUGGCUGGGAAUUUAAACUUUCUGAUCCUGAUGAGGUGGCAAGGAGAUGGGGCAAAAGGAAAAACAAACCAAAAAUGAACUAUGAGAAGCUGAGCCGCGGAUUGCGCUACUACUACGACAAGAACAUCAUCCACAAGACCGCAGGGAAGCGCUACGUGUAUCGUUUCGUGUGUGAUCUUCAAAGUUUGUUGGGUUACACUCCGGAAGAGCUCCAUGCUAUGUUGGAUGUGAAGCCAGAUGCUGACGAGUGAAUGGAUCAAUUUUACCAAAAUCGAACAAUCUGCAGAACAUAAGGACUUUUAUUUCUUUCUUACCCCCCAAUCCUUAUUUUCCUUAAGAAAAAAAAAGAAAAGAAAGGAAAAAAUAGCAUAAUUUUUCAUUAAGAAGGGGUAGGAUUUUAAGCUUUUGAAUGAAACUGUGAUAUAGGUUGGCUGGGAGGAGGAAGAACCAAGUUUCCAAUUUACAUCUUCUUGGAGUUGUAUUUGCAGCUGGGAUUUUAGAAGUCAGGAAAAUGACCGCCAUUUUGUUACAUCUAUUUAAUGAAUUCAUAUCAUCCCCUUUCUUCCGGUUUUAAAAACUGACAAUUGGUGUGUUUGUAAGACAGCGCUGUCUUUAACUGAUGGAGAACAGUCUUAAGUGGCAAACCGUCCUGUUUUAC